UCGCGGCGUGUCGGUCAAUUCGAGAGUUCGAGACUCGAGACGUCAGUACUGGUCAGUACGUGCACGGCAACAGGGUGAAGUGGAUGUUUCGUCGGUCUCGUCGGAGCCGUCGAACGUAUUGGAGCGACGUCUGGCAACGCGAUUGCGCUUAUCAGUCGCGGCAAAUCGGCCGCGAUAACGCGCUCGCGAAACGUCGAGGUGAGUUCGUCGAUGGGCGAAUUUUGAAAAUCAAAUCGAGAGAUAAAGGGGGAAGGGGGAGAAAGAGAGAGAGAGAGAAAGAGAAAAAUAUCUGCAGCUAGCCUGAUGCGCUCCUCUCCGAUCGCGGCUCCACGGAGAGGAGAGAUCGCAGCUGACACGUCGGGAUCGAUUUUUAUGCCAGGUGUUUGCUAUACGUGAUUCAUCCUCCUCGCCGCGCGGGACUUUCCCGACGCGCUCGCGCCUCGCGUCGGGAGAUGUGAGUGUCUCUCCGAAUUCGGGACGCCAUCCGCUUCCAACCAGGCCACGUGGACCAUACGUCCGGAGGCAGGAAAAAUAUGUGCCAGCAUGUCCGAGGACGACGCGCAGGAAGCAGUCAGCGAGGAGAUCGGGAGACAGGGGUCUCUCUAUGUGUUCCCGGGUGCGGGUCGUGCCAGCUGUACGACGACAUCGUCCUCGUCGUCGUCAAUUUCAACGGUGCCUCUCCCGCCGCCUCCGCUGUCUUUCCUCCGCGAUGGUUUGACCACCACGUCAAGUACGACUAUGACGACCAGCGUCACAACGACGAUGACGAGCACGUCGAAAAACAGCAACGGCGACGAGGACGAGGACGCAGUAGAGGAAGUCAGCUCGCCGGCGAGGAGGACAGCCUUCCCGAAAACACACGCGAGAUCGGCGAGUCACGGUGGUGUCUUGGCGGAUGGUACGACCGGAUGGCAGAGCUACGGGUCCUUCCUGGGCCCGUUGACCACAGUGGGAAGCGCCACGUCCGCGGGUCGACCGUCGGCGUUGAAGAAGCCGGGCCACCAGAGAGCCUUCAGUCAGGGACAGGUGACGGACGUGGCGCAGGGCCAAUCAGCCGUAACGGGACACCACCGUGUCGGCUCCAGAACGGAUUUCAUCUUGCCGCCAGGCCACAGGGAGGAUGGCAGACCGCCCACUGCCGGCAGAAUGCCUUCCUUUCGCGGCCAUUCCCGCCAAGCGUCCAGAUCGGAGUCUAUCUAUACGAUAAGACGUAGCGUCGCGCCUCCAUGGUGGAGGAGACUAUGGGCUCAUUGUUUUGGCCCGCUGCCAGAAGAACCCCGUUUAAGAAAAAUAAUGCCGAAUCAUUUAGUCCCCCCGAAGACACCGAAGAGUCAGCAUCCCAACGGAGAUAGGAUGGACAACAGGGUACGCACAACGAAGUACACGGCGCUGAGCUUCCUACCCCGUAAUCUGCUAGAGCAGUUCCACCGCGUGGCCAAUCUAUACUUCAUCUUCAUCGUGUUACUCAAUUGGGUGCCAGCUAUAAACGCGUUCGGCAAGGAGGUCGCGAUGAUCCCUGUAGUAUUCGUUCUGGGCGUCACGGCGCUUAAGGACUUCUUCGAAGAUCGCCGACGACUCGCCAGUGACCGGCGUGUGAACAAUUCCACCUGUCGCGUCUACGUUAGAGAGGGCGACAGAUAUAUGAAGGUAGCGUGGAAGGAUGUCAAGGUGGGUGACCUGGUUCACCUUUCGAACAACGAACUGGUACCGGCCGAUCUUUUGCUUCUGCGAAGCAGUGAUCCUCAGGGAUUAGCUUACCUUGAUACGUGCAACCUCGACGGCGAGUCGAAUCUGAAGCAGCGCCAGGUUGUCAGAGGCUUUGUCGAUCUGCAGGAUACCUUCGAGCCUUCCAAGUUCCGAUCGACAAUCGAAGUUGAUCAGCCAAGUACUAGAAUAUAUAGGUUCCACGGCGCUGUGGUGCACCCAAACGGCGGUAGGGUGCCCGUGUCCACGGAAAAUCUUUUACUCAGGGAAUGCAUCUUAAAGAACACCGACUUUGUCGAAGGUAUAGUCAUAUACGCCGGUCACGAGACUAAAGCGUUGCUGAAUAACGGUGGACCCAGGUACAAGCGUUCUCGUCUGGAAAGAUUCAUGAACAGGGACGUGAAAUGGUGUGUGGUGAUACUGGUGGUAUUGUGCAUAAUCGGCGCGUUUGGCUGCCGAUCUUGGCUAUCCGCGUACAAGGGCCUGCCGUCGGUGCCGUUUCUGCCAGUGCCGCAAGAGCCGAUUUACGAGAGCUUACUAACCUUCCUGACCUUCGUCAUAAUAUUCCAAGUGAUGAUACCGCUGAGCUUGUACGUGACGAUCGAGAUGGCUAAGGUGGGACAGGUGUACCACAUCGGCCACGACCCGGGCCUUGACGACACGGAAACCGGCCGUAAGGCAGAGUGCCGCGCGCUGAAUAUUACGGAAGAACUAGGUCAAGUACAGUACGUCUUCUCCGACAAAACUGGCACUCUUACGGAGAACAAAAUGCUAUUUAGGAAAUGCGUGGUAGGCGGCCAAGACUACUCGCAUAUCGGCGACAAUGAGAAUUUACUUCCGUGCUCGCGGCUUAAAGAGGACCUGCUUAUAGGUACAUAUCGACAUCGCUUACAGGAGUUUCUUGUUGUCUUAGCCACGUGUAAUACGGUUGUCGUAAAUUCUCAACCGCAUCACGAUAAUAUGAACUCUAGCGGGGUCAUCGAGGAACCUCAGAAAAACGGAACUGGCCCUACGAGAAUAAUGGAAACGGACGCGAGUUCAUUUCCGACGGCAAAUUCUCCACCGGUACCGCUGUCUCCGAGCAACAGAGCUAUUCGGACGUUAUCUCCAGUAAUAAGUACAGCAAACACAUUUGACGAUACGUCGAAAUUCCCGUUUAAAAUUUCCAGGCCAAAGUUGCUGAAUGUAACGUCAAUACCGAGUCUGGGUAUCGGAUUGCUAGGACGAAAAUUUUCGCCAGAGGGACCGAAGGGACGCAAUACGGAUGUGAAGAACGGCGACGAAUUGGUGCAGAGCCCGGCGAUUUACGAGGCGGAGAGUCCGGACGAACUGGCGCUGGUUCACGCGGCCCGCGCUUACGACAUCAAGCUGGUAAAACGGACACCCCGUAGCGCAAUCGUGUCCUUCCCGGACAAGUCGACCCUCGCAUUCGAGAUACUUCAUGUGCUGCCAUUUGACUCGAACAGGAAAUGUAUGUCGGUGCUGCUCCGACAUCCCCACACCGGCGAGAUAGUGCUGUACAGCAAAGGUGCCGACACGACGAUGCUGCCGGCGCUCUCGUCGAGCGAUGAGAACAAUAUCACCUCGGCGAGUAUCCGGCAGUAUCUGCAAUCCUAUGCGCGUCAAGGUCUGCGCACGCUGGUGAUGGCCAAGAGAACGCUGACGGCGCAAGAGUACGAGACGUGGCGACAGAAGCACGACGAGGUAGAGUUGGCGACAGAGAAUCGCGAGCGUCGCAUACGCGACUCGUACGCAAUGCUGGAGUCGCACUUGACGUUGUUAGGUGCGACCGGUAUCGAGGACAAGCUUCAGGCCGGCGUGCCCGAGACAAUGGCCGCCUUGAUCGCCGCCGGAAUCGUCGUGUGGGUUCUGACAGGGGACAAACCGGAGACCGCGGUGAACGUGGCGUACUCGGCGCAGGUUUUUUCACCGGCCAUGCAGCUGCUACACCUGCAGGCGAGAUCAAAGUCCGUCGCAGAGGCGCUGAUACACGGCUACCUGGAGUCGGCGCGCAAGGAGAAUAACGACCAGAAUAUGAUGAACAUUAUGGAUCCCGCAGACAUGUACAAUCGCGAUUCCGCCGAGAGGAACGCGCACAGGAUCGGCAGCCCGUGGCCGCGGCAACGCGCGCUUGUCGUGGACGGUAAGACGUUGACCGUGAUCCUGGAUCCGCGAUCGGGCUUGACCGGCCCGUUCCUCGAACUUACGAAAAUGUGCUCGAGCGUUUUAGCCUGCCGCGCCACGCCGUUACAAAAGGCAUACAUAGUCCGCGUCGUUAAAAAGCAAUUGGGAAUGAGAACGUUGGCAAUCGGCGACGGUGCGAACGACGUUAGCAUGAUACAGACAGCUGACGUGGGCGUCGGUAUCUCAGGGCAAGAGGGGACGCAAGCGGUAAUGGCGGCGGAUUUCGCGAUUUCUCGAUUUUCUAUGCUCAGUCGGCUUCUCCUUCUACACGGACACUGGUGUUACGAUCGUCUCGCCAGAAUGAUUUUAUAUUUUUUUUACAAGAACGCCACCUUUGUCUUCCUCAUAUUCUGGUUUCAACUAUUUUGCGGCUUUUCCGGUGCCGUAAUGAUAGACCAAAUAUAUUUAAUGUUGUACAACUUGCUGUUCACUUCGCUGCCGCCGCUCGCCUUGGGGAUUUACGAUCGAGUCGCCAAGGCUCGUGUGUUACUUUCAGCGCCAGAAUUAUACACGAGAGGACGUCUGGGACUGGUGUAUCAGUCGCAUUCGUUUUGGCUCACGAUCGUCGACGCUCUUUACCAAAGUGUCGUCAUAUUUUUUAUUACCAAAGAGGUUUAUCAUGAUUCAAUUAUCGACAUAUGGGAAUUCGGGACGACUAUUAUGACGGCAUGUAUCGUCGUCAUGCUAGCUCAUGCUGCUAUAGAAACUAGAUCUUGGACUAUAAUCCAUGUUGGUGCCAUUUUCGGUUCUUUGGUCUUUUUUUUCGGAUUUUGCUUAUUUUACAAUGCCGUUUGCGUCAAUUGCAUGGGCCUACCUGGAUCCUUCUGGAUAAUGGAAAAGGCCUUUACACAUAUCACAUAUUGGUUGACAGUGGGACUUACUUCUGUUCUUGCCUUAAUGCCUAAGUUAGUGUAUAAGGCAGUACAAUCUACUAUCGCACCAGAUGCUAUAAACAUUGUUUCGCGGCGAAUUGCCGCGAAAAGCGAUAAUCAAGUUCGUCGACAGCGUAUUAACAAUCAAAGAGGUGAAAUCAACUUUAUUGCUGGAUGGUCGCGUUCCUCGCAACACGCUACUAUCAGACCCAGUAGCUAUAGAAACAAAAGCAAUGCUCUCACAACUAUCGUCGCGUGACAAGUGCGAUUAGAUCGAGAUGAAGCGUGUCCAUCUCAUUAAUCCGAAAAUUUGACCAAUCGCCGAAAAAGGGGGAAUAAAAAAAACUUCGUUGUCGCGAGUCUCCUCGAAAGCCAUGCAUUACUUCCCCGAUCAAGAGAGAAUCUGCAUUGACAAUCUUGUCUAACAAUUAACUACAUAAAUUAUUUCUGGUUGACGAUUCCCUAGCCUCCUGUUAUUUCUUAGUUGUAGUUUUAAUGAUGUAAAUAUGAGAGGAAUGCUAGUUAUUCAUGAUUGGGCGUGAAAAUUUUCGCUCGUUGCUAUCAAAUCAUGCGAUAUAGAUUACUAAAGAGAAACUUCGUUGUAAGAUGCAGUGUGCAUCAUCGCGUGCCCGUAAAGGCGGUUCUCGUUGCCGAUAUCGCGAUAACGCUAACACUACAUUGCCAUUUUCGAGUUCGAAUUAUUGUGGCUGAUUUAAAAUCGAGUGGCCUUAAAUCUCAGAUCGUUCGUUGCAUUUAAUGGCUGUGACUUCUAGGGACCAAGACUGUGCGUUGUAAUUACGUUGAGUCAGGCAGAACGAAUUCGAGUGAAAGUCUGUGUUGCGCUACUUCAAAUAUCUUUUCCUUAUUUUUUUCCAACUUGGAACUUCACUCGAACGCGCGUAUCUGCGGCUGCUAUUUUCUAACGGACCGUAUGGAAGACCAAUGUUAGAAUCAGAUGGACAUGUAUACCAUUCUAGUUUACUCGUAUAUUUUCAAAAAUGAAUGUACAAAGAUGUUGUAAAAAGAGUGCAAAGUAUAUGUGUACAUAUACCAGAUAUUUCGCGAAAUGUAUUUUAUAACCGUUGAGAGAUAUAGAUUUUAUAUAUUAUAAAACAAUUUAUUUUUUUAGUUUUAGUUAUCGUCGCGUUUUAAACGUCGCGUUACUCACGAAAUGAAUAACAGGAAGUAAGUAGGCGCGGAAGAACCGUGACCACUUCGAGUUUCUCUUGUUUCCGGUUGAUCCACGAGAUCAACGUAGCGUCUCAUACAAAUUAUGAUGUAAAGAUACACACCUCGUUAUACCUAUUGUUGUGUUACUACCUGUUGUAAUACCAGAAAAAAUAAUAUGAGAUAACGAUUUAGAAAUUUUAAUUUGGAUAAUGUAUAUUGAAUGUUAUAUUGAUAACAUGCUGUCGGUGUUAUCUAUAGUAUUUUGAUAAUGAUUGGAUUAUUGUUGCGUGCAUUUACCAAUGUAAAAAGAACAUUAAAAAAAGAGAGAAUUUAAUCAUCAA